UCUCUCUCUCUCUCUCUCUCUCUCUCUCUCUCUCUCUCUCUCUCUCUCUCUCUCUCUCUCUAAUUCAAGGGGCUUUAUUGGCAUGAGAAACGUAUGUUUACAUUGCCAAAGCAAGUGAAAUAGAUAACAGCUCCAAAAGAAUAAAGACAUUUCAAAUGUCAUAUUAUGUCUAUAUACAGUGUUGUAACGAUGUGCAAAUAGUGAAAGUAUAAACAUAAAUAUGGGUUGAAUUUACAGUGGUGUUUGUUCUUCCCUGGCUGCCCUUUUCUUGUGGCAACAGGUCACACAUCUUGCUGCUGUGAUGCACACUGUGGUAUUUCACCCAGUAGAUAUGGGAGUUUAUCAAAAUUGGAUUUGUUUUCCAAUUCUUUGUGGAUCUGAGGGAAAUAUGUGUCUCUAAUAUGGUUAUACAUUUGGCAGGAGGUUAGGAAGUGCAGCUCAGUUUCCACCUCAUUUUGUGGGCAGUGUGCACAUAGCCUGUCUACUCUUGAGGACCAGGUCUGCCUACGGCGGCCUUUCUCAAUAGCAAGUCUAUGCUCACUGAGUCUGUAUAUAGCAAAAGCUUUCCUUAAGUUUGGGUCAGUCACAGUGGUCAGGUAUUCUGCCACUGUGUACUCUCUGUUUAGGGCCAAAUAGCAUUCUAGUUUGCUCAGUUUUUUUGUUCAUUAUUUCCGAUGUGUCAAGUAAUUAUCUUUUUGUUUUCAAAUUAUUUGGUUGGAUCUAAUUGUGUUGCUGUCCUCUCUCUCUCUCUUUCUCUCUUCUCUCUUGAUCUCUCUCUCUCCUCUCUCUCUCUCUCCUCUCUCUCUUCUCUCCUCUCUCUCUUCUUUCUCUCUUCUCUCUCUCUCUUCUCUCUCCCCUCUCUCUCCUCUCUAAUUAGGACUAGUGCAGCAUGAUGUAGAGUGUAAACAAAAGCAGAGUGGUUUGGCUGAGGGCUGUCGUGUGUGUGUGUGUGUGUGUGUGUGUGUGUGUGUGUGUGUGUGUGUGUGUGUGUGUGUGUGUGUGUGUGUGUGUGUGUGUGUGUGUGUGUGUGUGUGUGUGUGUGUGUGUGUGUGUGUGUGUGUGUGUGUGUGUGUGUGUGUGUGUGUGUGUGUGUGUGUGGAGUGCAGCACUGUGAGGUCAUAGGGAAGGAACAGGGAGAGUUAUUUUUCAGAACUCAAGUGGUGUUUCCAUGGAACCCCUAGGAGUUCCUGUCUGUCACCACCGCUGGUCAGCGGACAGAAACCCCAUCUAGUUCAUCAGUAGAGUGGUCCCCAGGUAAAGCCCUCCUAUGAGGUGAGGUUAAGGUGACCCCUGACCCCGCUCACACAGCGCCCCUCCACCAGGCAGCAGGACUAAGGGAUGUCACGGGGCUUCCUGCUGCUCACGCUGCUCACGGUCUUCUCCAGCAUCCAAGUGUCCCCAGCUAAGCCAUUAAAGGCGUUGAUGCAGAGAUGGGUGAUGUAUACGGAGGAGUGUAGCCGCAAUAACAGCAGAGAACCGCCGCUCACUGGUGUUGUGUGUAACAGGACCUUUGACAUGUAUGCCUGCUGGCCCGAUGGACUCCCCAACACUACUGUCAGUGUGUCCUGUCCCUGGUACCUGCCCUGGCACCACAAAGUCCAGCAUGGUUCGGUGUACAGGGAGUGUGACGCGGACGGCCAGUGGGUUCCCCAGAAGAACACUAGCGAGUGUGAUGCUAAUGAUCCUGCUCAGCCUCACUAUGGUCAGAUCCUCAAGAAGUUCCGGACCAUGUACACUGUGGGCUACUCUCUGUCUCUGGGGGCUCUGGUGUUAGCGCUCGGAAUCCUGAUCACUUUCAGGAAGCUCCACUGUAUGAGGAACAACAUCCACAUGAACCUGUUUGCCUCUUUCAUCCUGCGUGCUCUGUCCAUCCUGAUAAAGGACGCCAUGUUGGAGGUGCCCAGCGUCAACAUCGGACAGGACCAGGACAUUACACACUAUGAGGUGGAGUGGCUCGUCAACAACCAGACGGCGGUGGGGUGUCGUAUCGCCGUGGUGAUGAUGCAGUACAGUAUCAUGGCUAACAGCUAUUGGCUGCUGGUGGAAGGCAUCUACCUCCACAACCUGCUGGUCAUCACCGUGUUCACUGAGAGAAACUACUUCAACAUCUACCUGUGUAUCGGCUGGGGUGCCCCUCUGAUCUUCCUGGUGCCCUGGGUGAUGGUGAAAUACCUGUAUGAAAAUGAGGAGUGCUGGGAGCAGAAUAUCAACAUGCAGUACUGGUGGAUCAUACGGUCACCUAUACUGCUAGCAGUUGUGAUUAACUUCCUGAUCUUCAUCCACAUAAUAAAGAUCCUGGUGUCCAAACUGAGGGCUCACCAGAUGAGAUACUCCGACUACAAGUUCCGGUUGGCUAAGUCUACCCUAACCCUGAUCCCUCUACUAGGGAUCCACUUGGUGGUGUUUGUCUUCGUGACAGAUGAGUCCACCGAGGCCACCAUCGCCCUGCGUCUCACCAAACUCUUCAUCGACCUCUUCUUCACCUCCUUCCAGGGUCUGCUGGUAGCUAUCUUAUACUGCUUUGUCAACAAAGAGGUCCAGUCAGAGAUCCUGAAGAAGUGGAAGCGUUGGAAGCUGGGUCGUAACAUCGAGGAGGAGUACCGCCACACCUAUAGCCAGACGCCCCACCUCAACACUAAGAGCAACAGCCUGCUGGGUCACAACCCCUCGCACCCCUCCUCCCUGCUCCUCCACCCCCACCUCCCCGACAUCACCACCUCCUCCCCUGCUCCCCUUGGCCGGGGCCCGGGCUGCUCCCCAGAGGAGAAGCACCUCCUGGUGGUGAGCUGUCAGAAUGGCAUGGGGCGGAGCAGGAAGAACACGGGGUCGUCCAUGCAGUUCCCCUCCCUACCACGUGAGGGAACCAUCAGCUGUAGUCACACACUGUUAGAGGAUAAUAUGGAGGAAAUCUGCUUGACGGACAGGGUGUCAGAGUGUUACGAGGCUCCUAGAGGAAAUGCAGAGAGCCAACUCUGA